UGAACCCCUUCGCACUCUUCAAUAAGCACAACCAUUCUACAAUCGCUUCUAGCAUACCAACCCCAAUUACACCUCCUACCUGUAAUCAUGGUUUCGAACGGCGAAAACGGUGUCAAGCACACCUAUGCUCUCUCAGAGGAGCACAAGGAUAUGUUGGAGAAGUCCCUGGUUGAGACGGACCCUGAAAUUGCUGAGAUUAUGAAACUUGAGAUUCAGCGUCAACGAGAAUCCAUCAUCCUCAUCGCCUCCGAGAAUGUUACCUCGCGUGCCGUCUUCGAUGCAUUGGGAUCGCCCAUGUCCAACAAAUACUCCGAGGGCUACCCCGGUGCAAGAUAUUAUGGUGGAAAUCAACACAUCGACUCAAUUGAGUUGACUUGCCAGACUCGUGCUCUCAAGGCUUUCCAUUUGGAUUCCGAGAAAUGGGGUGUCAAUGUUCAGUGUUUGAGUGGCAGCCCUGCCAACCUCCAGGUCUAUCAAGCAAUCAUGAAACCCCAUGAGAGACUCAUGGGUCUUGAUCUGCCCCAUGGUGGACAUUUGAGUCACGGUUACCAGACUCCUCAGAGAAAAAUUUCUGCGGUCUCGACCUACUUCGAAACUUUCCCAUAUCGAGUAAACUUGGAGACUGGCAUCAUUGACUACGAUAAGCUGGAGGAGAAUGCAUUGAUGUACAGACCCAAGGUUCUUGUUGCUGGAACAUCUGCCUACUGCCGUCUGAUCGACUAUGCCCGCAUGAGAAAAAUCGCUGAUCUGGUUGGCGCAUACUUGGUGGUUGAUAUGGCCCACAUCUCUGGUCUUAUUGCUGCUGGUGUUAUUCCGAGCCCCUUCGAGCAUGCCGAUAUUGUCACCACGACUACACACAAGUCUCUCCGUGGUCCUCGAGGUGCCAUGAUCUUCUUCCGCAAGGGUGUCCGCAAGACCGAUGCCAAAACUGGCAAGGAGACAUUGUACGAUCUGGAGGGCCCCAUCAACUUCUCUGUUUUCCCAGGUCAUCAGGGUGGACCCCACAACCAUACCAUUACCGCUCUCGCCGUCGCUCUUAAGCAAGCAACUACUCCCGAGUUCAAGCAAUACCAGGAGCAAGUCGUUAAGAACGCCAAAGCUCUCGAGGUUGAAUUCCAGAGGCUCGGUUACAAGCUUGUAGCUGAUGGAACUGAUUCCCACAUGGUACUCCUCGACCUUCGCCCCCAAGCUCUUGAUGGUGCACGCGUUGAGGCGGUCUUAGAGCAAGUCAACAUCGCUUGCAAUAAGAACUCGAUCCCAGGUGAUAAGUCAGCCCUCACACCAUGCGGUCUCCGAAUUGGUACCCCAGCCAUGACCUCGCGUGGUUUUGGCGAGGAAGAUUUUAAGCGUGUUGUUUCAUACAUCGACCAAAGCAUCAAGAUCUGCAAGGAAGUCCAAGGUGCUCUGCCAAAGAGCGAUAACAAGCUCAAGGACUUCAAGGCUAAGGUUGCCGGUGGCGAAGUCUCGAAGAUCAAUGAGAUGAAGAAGGAGAUCGCUACCUGGGCUGGUAGUUUCCCUCUUCCUGUUGAGGGCUGGCGUGCAUAGAUUUUUCUUGAGUCUCGCUUAUGGGUGGGUGUUUGGGCGUAUUCAACAAAAGCACACGGUUACGGUCGGUUUUAUCUUGGCUACUUCAACGCAGUCACUAGAUAUUAAUGGAGUAGAAUGGGUUCUACAUGGCUAGUUACUUUAAACUGGAAUGAAUGCAAUUUCAAUUUCAGCACGCAUCAAGUGAGUAUUCGUGCAGUCGAGUCUGGUCAGAUAGCCUGGCAAGAAUAGCAUGUCUUGCGCCAUCGAUGUUCUGUGGAACCAUGGUAUAAUCAUUCUGACCACCAAAUAGUCUCUUGCACUUGGAGAGAAGUUUGACAGUUUCCUCAUGAUACCCGUUCGUACCUUCCACAAGUUACCACUCGUGGUUCGUGAAAGCGACUGAGCCAUACUAGCGACUAGGCCAAGUAUUUCACAUGGUAAAUUUGUAUAGGAGGUACUUCGAGCUAGCUAGUCUAUACUGGUCUGUGCAACAAAUUUAGCGAGGAACACC